AUGGAGUUCAAGAAUAACAGAAUUCAGGAAGAGGCAAGUAGGCGUACGCGCCUCUACAUGCUGCACCUGAUGCGUCAAGGACUUUUGACAGCCAGCACUGAGAAGGUAGUGACCUUGAAAAGUUGGUCCCUGGCAAUUGGUCACCAAUAUUCCUCUCUGGGGACUCAGCCCAUCCUCUGUGGGAGCAUCCCAGGACUGGUCCCCAAGCAGCUACGAUUCUGUCGGAACUAUGUGGAGAUCAUGCCCAGCGUAGCAGAAGGGGUGAAGAUUGGGAUCCAAGAGUGUCAACACCAGUUUCGAGGGAGGAGGUGGAACUGCACAACUGUCAAUGACAGCUUGGCCAUCUUCGGACCCGUGCUAGACAAAGCUACCAGGGAAUCCGCCUUCGUCCAUGCCAUUGCCUCUGCCGGAGUGGCUUUUGCAGUGACCAGGUCCUGCGCCGAAGGCUCGGCCACCAUCUGCGGUUGUGACACUCGUCAUAAGGGCUCACCAGGGGAAGGCUGGAAAUGGGGAGGCUGCAGUGAGGACGUGGAGUUUGGGAGCAUGGUGUCUCGGGAAUUCGCUGAUGCCCGAGAGAACAGACCAGAUGCUCGGUCAGCCAUGAACAGGCACAACAAUGAAGCUGGAAGGACCUCUAUUAUUGAACUCAUGCAUCUGAAGUGCAAAUGUCACGGCCUCUCGGGCAGCUGUGAAGUGAAGACCUGCUGGUGGUCUCAGCCUGACUUCAGGGUCAUCGGGGACUACCUGAAGGACAAAUAUGACAGCGCUUCGGAAAUGGUGGUGGAAAAACAUCGGGAAUCCCGUGGUUGGGUCGAGACCCUCCGGCCCAAAUACAACUUCUUCAAGGCUCCGACUGAGAAGGACCUGGUUUACUAUGAGAACUCACCCAACUUUUGUGAGCCCAACCCUGAGACGGGUUCCUUCGGGACUCGUGACAGGAUCUGUAACGUCACUUCCCAUGGGAUUGACGGUUGUGACCUUUUGUGCUGCGGCCGCGGGCACAACACGAGGACUGAGAAACGGAAAGAGAAGUGCCACUGUAUCUUCCACUGGUGCUGCUACGUCCGCUGCCAGGAAUGCAUACGAGUUUACGAUGUCCACACGUGCAAAUAAAGCAGGCAAGCCCCUUUGCAGGGCUCCAGGAGGAGAAACAGA